CAACAUUUUUUGCCAACUGGGAAAAAGGGAAAAAGAAAUUUUGUCAUUGCACUGUUUUCACAAACCCACACCAACGAUUUUUUCCAUAUGAAUUUCGUUUUGUUGUUAAUAUAAAUACUCGCAGACUUUCCCUCUCCUAUUUUGUCCGUUGAAAAUGGACAUACAACUUCUUUAACCUCCACCAUCUUCUUCUCCGUCAACAUUUUUCUCGUAAUAAACUCUUAACCCAACUUUGCUCUUUUUUUCUGCCUCGGUUUCUUCGCUCGCCACACACACAUAUAUAUAUAUACCCUGGUAACAUUUCUUUCUCUUUAUCAAUUACUCUUUUUGCUUCUGCGGCAUUUUGGGUUUCUGGGUUGUUGCUGAUUUCUUUGUUUGAUUUUUUCAAGAGGAAUGGCUGCUGCAGUAUUUCAUCAAGCCAUUGGGACUUCUCAGUCCCUGGGACAUAGAAAUAACUCAGGCCGUCAUCAAGAAAUUGGGAAUGGUUCAACGAAGUUGAUUUUCAAAGGUUCCAAUGUCGAACUUGGACUGUCAAAAAAAGAAUGUAAACGCUCUAGCCUUAGGAUUCAAGCCUCAAGUUCUCAAACUUCAGUUGCUGAUCCAGUUUUGUCCCCCUCAAAUAAGAAUACCAAAGAACCUCGGAAGAAAUCUAAUGAAGCAGCUCUAAUCCUGAUAAGGCAUGGUGAGUCAUUGUGGAACGAAAAGAACCUAUUCACAGGCUGUGUUGAUGUACCACUGACCAAAAAGGGUGUAGAAGAGGCUAUUGAAGCUGGAAAGAGAAUUAGUAAUAUACCUGUUGACAUGAUAUAUACAUCUGCAUUGAUCCGUGCACAGAUGACUGCCAUGCUUGCCAUGACGCAGCAUCGUCGUAGGAAGGUGCCUAUCAUUAUACAUAAUGAGAGUGAACAGGCAAGGUCAUGGAGUCAAAUUUUUAGUGAAGACACCAAACGCCAGUCCAUUCCAGUCAUUGCAGCUUGGCAAUUGAAUGAAAGAAUGUAUGGGGAAUUGCAAGGUCUCAAUAAGCAGGAAACUGCAGAUAGAUAUGGGAAGGAACAAGUUCAUGAAUGGCGUCGGAGUUAUGACAUACCACCUCCCAAUGGCGAGAGCUUGGAAAUGUGUGCUCAAAGAGCUGUUGCUUAUUUUAAAGAUCAAAUUGAACCCCAACUUCUAUCUGGAAAGAACGUGAUGAUUGCUGCCCAUGGGAAUUCAUUGAGGUCUAUCAUUAUGUAUCUUGACAAACUAACAUCCCAAGAGGUUAUCAGUCUAGAACUAUCAACUGGACUACCUAUGCUUUACAUUUUCAAAGAGGGUAAAUUCAUUAGGAGGGGAAGUCCUGUGGGACCUACUGAAGCUGGGGUGUAUGCUUAUACUAGGAAUCUGGCUCUUUACAGGCAGAAGUUAGACGAGAUGCUUCAUUAAUAUGUUAUUUUAGUACAAGGGGCUUGUUAUCCAUCCAUCUUUAAUACAUACAGCCCUGUUGGUGCCAUUAAAUUACAACGAGGAAAUCUGCACCAACAGCAAAAGAUUGUCAUGUGCAAUAUAGGUAUACAUAGAUCAAAGUAGCAGGCUACGCCUUCCAUGGAUUGUUUUUCUUUUUUUCUUUUUUUUUUUGGGUUUGGUAUGCAACCAGUAGGCUUAACCACAUAUCCAUGUUCCAAUCGUAGAUAAGAGCUUGAGAUACUAUUGGGAUGCUUAAAGUCUUGUAAUUUUUCCAUCUGUUGUAGCAGUUUAGAUCCUGUAAUAUUUUGAAGAUUGGAUUUAUAGAAGUCUUUCCAUGGUUUAUUUUGAAUGGAAUUCUAUAAGAACCCCGGAUCAAUGUUUUUCCA